AUGACGACUUUAUUACAGCUCUUGUCAAACUAUUAUAAGGCUAAAUUGGAUUCAGAACGAAUAUACAAUGAAUACGUUCAAUCGCAGUAUGAGUUUGCAUCUUUAGACGAGUUGAAUAACAAUAAAGGUGAUGCAAAGAAGGUGGUUGAUGAGACAUUAUUUUUACAGAGACAAAUUGCCCAACUGAAUAAGCAGUUACAACUUUCAUUUCAAGAGAAUGAAAAACUAUUAAACGUACAGAAGAAUCAAAAAGCUUUAUAUCAAAGUAAGUUAUCCAGUAAGGAUGCACUCAUUGAUGGUUUGAAAAUCAGAUUGAAAGUUGGGCAGAUACCUCUAGAUAAACAUAAUAGGGAAAGGACACCCCCAACAGGCUCAGAUGGACAACAGCACACGUUAAGAGCGGCACAUACAUCAAAACCUACAAUUCAUCUUCUUUCGCCAAUUGUAAAUCGUGAUAAGCCUAACAAUCAAACGAACAACCGGGGCGGUAAUGAUCCUGACUCACCUACACAAAGAAGAUCAAAAGGGUUGAGAUCUUUAUUGAGCUCGGGUAAAAAUACAAUAUUUGAUUCAAUAUCCAAAAAUCUCGACGACGAGAUUAAUGAAAAUGGGCCCAUUAGAAAUGAUAUCACAUCUUCCAAGACAGCUGGUAAAUCACCAUCAGUAUCAUUAGUGCUUCGAAAACCCUCAGAACUACGUGACGAAAGGAACGAUAUAGUGUUAAAAGAACACAUACUGCGUCCAAAAGAUGAUCGGGAUAUUAUGUCAUCCAGAAAACUGGAUAACAUCGAGCUAUCAAGUAUCGGCGACUCUACAAUAGUGACAUCAAGAAGCUCUACUACCCAUGCAAACGACAUCUUAGGAAAUGAAGACGACAAUCAUGGAAUCACAAAGCUGAAAAGAGUUAACAUGUUGACCAGCUCUCCAGUCAGAAGUGACUCUACUACAAAAAAAAAAAGGAAACUCGCAAGGCAACGAAUCACCACUUUACCCAAUUCAGAUGAAGAAUUGAGUAAUAAUUUAAAUGUUGAUGAGUACGUGUGA